UUUGUUCUCCAGCAUUUUUGUAUUUGUGUAAAAUUUGCCUAAUUGCUCUUGUGUGCUGCCGCGUCUGUGUCGCCGAGAUUCUUCUUCUUCAACCUUUGAAAAACCCUAAAAGAUAAGCGGAGGCACCGUAUUAUCUACCUUUACAAUUCCGUCGGACGAAUCUAGAAUUUAGCAAUGGCGGCUCCGGCUGCCGCGACAGCGAGGGCACAGGCGCUAUCUCUCCUCGCCGCUGCCAAUAACCACGGCGAUUUGGCUGUGAAGCUCUCGUCUCUCAGGCAGGUUAAGGAGAUUUUGCUGUCAUUGGAGCCGUCUUCGUCUGCUGAGAUUUUCCCCUAUCUCGCAGAACUCCACUUGUCUCGUGAAAUUCUAGUUCGCAAAUCCCUUACCGAGAUCAUUGAAGAGGUUGGUUUGAGGAUGCUGGAUCAUUCUUAUGUUCUAGUGAAUGUCUUACUAGUCUUAUCAAGGGACGAGGAUCCAGUUGUUGCAAAGAAAUCCAUUUCUGCUGGCACCACUUUCUUCUGCAGCAUCUUGGAGGAGAUGGCAAUGCAGUUCCAUCAUCAUGGUAACGUUGAUCGUUGGUGUGGGGAACUAUGGACAUGGAUGGUUAAGUUCAAAGAUGCUGUCUUUUCCGCUGCAUUGGAGCCUGGCUGUGUAGGGGUGAAAAUUCUUUCUCUAAAGUUUAUGGAGACAUUCAUUUUGCUCUUUACUCCUGAUGCAUCUGAUCCUGAGAAAGUUUCCAGCGAAGGAAGUAGACAGAUGUUCAAUAUUUCCUGGCUUGCUGGCGGUCACCCCAUUCUGAAUCCAGCAACGCUAAUGUCUGAAGCAAAUAGGACAUUUGGCAUCUUAGUAGAUUUCAUACAGUCAGCUAAUCGUAUACCGGGUGCACUGACUGAUAUCUGUUAUUAGUUGGCAAGAUCAUUUCUGGAUGCUCUUCCUGCUUCCGACAAGUCUUUUAGUAGGCUUUUUGGAGAAGCUCCACAUCUACCCGAUUCAGCCAUUAA